AUGGGCGCGGCACCUUCCUCUCCUCAGGCCCUUCGCGGGGGGGCGGCGGGACCCCAUCCAUCCCCGCUCCUCCCGCCGCCCCCCCGCGUCGUCCAGGCGCCACCCGAGCGCGCCGGCCCCCGCCUUCCUCCGCGCCCCCUCCCCACCUCCCCCGUCACCUGCUCCGCCUCCUCGGCCCCGCCCCGCGCGCUGGCCGCCCCGGAUCCCCGGAGCCGGGAGGAGAAGAGGGGGCGAGGGAGGCGACACAAAGGGCGGAGCAGCGGGAGGAGGGCACGAGGGGCUCGGCUGGCCGGGCGGCGGCGCGGCGCGGGCAUGGACGCCGAGUACCCCUUCGAGCCCCCGCUCUGCAGCGAGCUCAAGCACCUGUGCAAGCGGCUGCAGGAGGCGUACCGCGAGCUGAAGGAGGACCUCACGCCUUUCAAAGAUGACCGCUACUACAGGCUGGCGCCCAUGCGGCUGUACACACUCUCCAAGCGCCACUUCGUCCUCGUGUUCGUCGUCUUCUUUGUCUGUUUUGGCCUGACCGUCUUCAUCGGGAUCAAAGGGCCCAAAGUGAUCCAGACUUCGGCAGCUAAUUUUUCACUAAAUAAUAGCAAAAAGCUAAAGCCAAUUCAAAUACGUUCAAAUCCACUGUCUACAUAUAAUCAGCAGCUAUGGCUGACAUGUGUUGUUGAGUUGGAUCAAUCAAAAGAAACGUCUAUUCAGAUAAACUUUCCUAUGACUGUUAAAGUUGAUGGUGUAACUCAAGAUGGAACCACCACGUUCAUUCAUAACAAAGUUCACAAUCGGACAAGGACCCUCAGAUGUGCAGGGAAGUGUGCGGAAAUUAUCGUGGCUCACCUCGGCUACCUGAAUUACACUCAGUAUACAGUGAUUGUGGGAUUUGAAAACCUGACUCGACCCAUCAAGGAAAUGAACUUCACAUGGAAGACUUACGACCCUGCGUUUUCCCAGUGGGAAGUUUGGUUCCGGUUCGUCUUUCUGGUGCUGACUUUCAUUGUCACUUGCCUGUUUGCACAUUCCCUCCGGAAGUUCUCCAUGCGGGACUGGGGCAUCGAGCAGAAGUGGAUGUCCAUUCUUCUGCCUCUGCUGCUGCUUUACAACGAUCCGUUCUUCCCUCUCUCCUUUCUGGUGAACAGCUGGCUCCCGGGAAUGCUGGACGACCUCUUCCAGUCUGUGUUCCUGUGCGCCUUGCUGCUCUUCUGGCUGUGCGUGUACCACGGCAUCCGGGUCCAGGGAGAAAGGAAGUGUUUGACUUUCUAUUUGCCUAAAUUCUUCAUUGUUGGACUAUUGUGGCUGGCUUCUGUCACACUAGGAAUAUGGCAGACAGUUAAUGAAUUACACGAUCCAAUGUACCAGUAUCGAGUCGAUACAGGAAAUUUUCAGGGAAUGAAGAUUUUCUUCAUGGUGGUGUCAGUGGUGUACAUUUUAUACCUUUUGUUCCUGAUAGUGCGGGCCUGUUCUGAGCUACGUCACAUGCCUUAUGUAGAUCUCAGGUUAAAAUUUUUGACUGCAUUGACUUUUGUAGUGCUUGUCAUUAGCAUCGUCAUCCUGUAUUUAAGGUUUGGAGUGCAAGUAUUACAAGACAAUUUUGUAGCUGAACUGUCAACUCACUAUCAGAAUUCAGCCGAGUUCUUGUCUUUCUAUGGCUUGCUGAACUUUUACCUGUACACGCUGGCCUUUGUGUACUCGCCAUCGAAGAACGCUCUGUACGAGUCCCAGCUGAAAGAUAACCCAGCGUUCUCCAUGCUGAACGACUCCGACGAUGACGUCAUCUACGGGAGUGACUAUGAAGAAAUGCCCCUGCAGAACGGCCAAGCCAUUCGGGCCCAGUACAAGGAGGGGUCUGAGAGUGACUGAGCUGGCGGUCCAGUUGGCGGGCUUGGUGGUCGCCAAGAUGGCCGGGAGCCUGCCCUCCUGCAGUGACCAUCCUGGAUGCAGACUAGUCUUAAAAGCAGACAUUUCCUGGUCUUUAUUUGUUUACAUAUUUUUUACAGGAAAACCAAAACUGAGGACAAAUUUAAAUGUUGGGCCAAAUUUAUUGUUAGAGUGGCUGCAUUUGGGAAGAGAGACGCUGAUAAAAAAAAAAAAAACAGCCAAAUCCGUUUUCAAAGAUUCCAGAUGAGAGCUUGUUUUCAGUGGUGAGGAGGAAAUUACUCCUGUUUGUAGUAGAGAAUUCUGUCCUUAUUUCAAAAAUAAUUUACAAAUUCCAAGUUUGUGGAAAGCCCUCUUGAAUAAGGUCCGCAGCAUGGCAACAUUCCUCUUCCUCCUCUGUCCCGUGCCCCGUGGUACCAUCGUAACUCUGAACUCCGAGGGAAGCCUGCUUCUGUGGCUGCCUCCCGAGGGCUGUCCCACCCCACUGAGUGGCCUGCGCUCUGGAUAACCAAGCACCUCCAGUGACUGGUAACCCAUUCUUGUGUGAAAUGCGGAAGUAAUGGCCCAGUAGGGAAACGGUGGGUGACAGGUUCUAGGCCUUCACCACCAAAGCAGAACUAGUGUGUGGAGUUCUGAGGAAGGUUUGAUAGGUUGCCAAGGAAAGCAUAAGAUGAUUGACAAGUUGCCAGCUGCAGUGGGAAAUGUUUUGCUGCCACACAGGUUUCCAAGGAUGUGUGAGCGUCACAUACAUGGCUACGAAUGGAUGGCCCUGUGGUUGGGGUGGGCAAGAGGGUGUCCAUCAAAUUCCAAUGAGCAGGAAUUUCCACAUCAAUGGUAAAGACGACACCCUGUUGUUUUGUUUUGGUUUUUUUUUUAAUGAAAGCUAAACAAUUGAUAGACUAUUAUAGAUUCUUUAUUGCUGAAAAGUUUUUCAGUUUCUCAUUUGGAAAUUAGGUAAAAGAAAGUAAAACAUUCUAGAUGGUUUAUGGAAGAAUGUCUUUGGGCAGAAGGUAACUUGUUGGGAAUGUCUCCCACGGUGGUCAGGUGAGCAGAUGAACGGCUCUGUGGAAAAGGGAAGUCUGGCACUGCUGAAUGUGUGGCAUCGUGUCAGAAGGCCCUGGAGACGUUCCAGUUCCCUUUGUCGCUGAGGAGUCGGGUAUGGAUACCGCCUUUGCUUUUCCUGACAUGCUCAGUGUCUUGUGAACUGUUCACAUAGGAUCAUUGCAGACGUCCUGAUUGCUGCCCUCUUGGGAUUGUUCUGCUCUACAAACACUACCUACGUUGUCUUCAUCUAUGCAUUACCUCUCAAAUUACUUCAUAGCUAAAAAUUAUACUCUGCUUUAGGUAGUGCUAGGACCUUACAGAGGUUCGUGCGACACUAUUCGUUAGGACUUCAUACCUUUCUUAAUUUAAACUUUAAUAACAUAUCUUUAAGAGAGACUCCAUUUGUUUUUAAAACCCUGUAAAUAUGAAUGUUUGAAUUAAAACAACUGUAUUAUUGCAAGGGUAAUUCAAGUUUACAUGGUUUUUACAUUUGUAAUGAUGUGAUUACUUUUUUUGAUUCUGUGUACUUGAGGUAUUGAAAAAAAUUGUUACUAAAUUUUACAACUUCUAUUAAGACUAUAAUUUUAUGUAAAUUGACAAAAACUUACUUGUGUGAUUAAUAUAUUCUAGUGAUAGUUUGUUUUAACCAUUAUAAAGUAAUUGUCCAUAAUUUGGAAUGCUGUUAUUUAUCAGUAAAUGUAAAAUAUUCAAGGCAUUUAGCCAUAUACCUUAGAACUUUUUAAAAACUUGUCUUUGUCCUAUAGUGAAUUAUAAGCUGAUGAUUGAUACCUUCAUCUAUUGAUUCAUCAUGGCAUCAAGUCAAGGAAAUGAAAAAUAUGGGAGUAUUUAUUUACUUUUUGUAACUCAAUUGGAAACAAGACAAUAAUUAACAAAAGUACUUAUGGGGAAAAUGGUUGUGAAAUCAUGCAUUUUCAAUUUCUCUUCCUGGUAUAUCAUAUGUAUCAACAUAUUACGUACUCCAUAUAAAAUUUUGCUGCAAGUAUAUUUUGCAUGUAUUAUAUGUGCCCUAGGUGUUAGGUUAAAAUACUAAAGUCUGCCAGAAACUUCAAACAGUAGCAAGAAAAUUUUUAUUUCUUAGAGAGCAUCAAAGUUUUGCAAACUUAAAUUACGAAUUCAAAGGGCUGACUUUAGUUCUUCCAAGGUAACGGCUUGAAUAACACCAUUUUUGGGAUAACCUUUAUGCUGGUGCAGUCUCGGGGAACCUGAACAGUGACCGCAGGCACUUGAGUUUCCCCAGGGAGAACUCGUUAUCCGUGUGGGUAACAGGUCCGCUUGAUUUAUUAUUAAAUCAUUACUGCAGGGAAGUGACGAGGUUUUCUCUCUCUGAAGCCCCAUUUGAAAGGCUAGAGAAGGGAUUAUAUAAAAUAUUUGUUUGUAAGAUUGUUCCUGUACUAAUUACAGAUUGCAAUAAAUUUAAAUACAUUAUGUAAAUCCAACCCACUAAAUUGGCAGAUUACAAGACAAAUGUCACCAGCCCUGAACUACUUACUGAAGGUAGUUAAAUAGAUUAUGAUGUGGUCAGUAACUUACUUCCUGGAAUCCUUUUUCACAGGGAAAAACGCAGAAUCUCAUAGAAGGAAUGAUUAAGGAACACCCAGUGAAGACCAGACUUAAAACACUGAAGUGUAUUUAUGUACUUUGAGGGUUUUAGAAACCAGUUGCCUUAGAGGUUAGACUUUUGAAAAAAGAAAAUCUUUUCCCCAGGCCAAAGGGAAGUUGCUUUAGUCUAUGAGUUAUCCUGUUUCUCUUGAUUUCACAUAUUUUUAGAUAUACUGAUAACUAUAGUACCAUAUUAUGAACAGAGGAUUUUCUGCUACUGAAAACUGCCUUUUUACAAAAAGACUGUAAAUAUUUGAAUAAAACAACUCAAAAGGAAAUAUGCAGCAGCUGUGUAUUAGGUCGUGGAGCUGUGCCAGUGAGCACAGCAGCACCCAUCACUGAGUGAGCACUGUAAUCAAUCAAAAGUGAAUAAAUAUUUAUGGCAAAAUUUACACUUUGGGAGUGGCUUCAUUCUGAGACCACCUCUUUGGUAAAUGUUAAUAAAUUUUUAAUAUUCGAUCCUUA